CUUUCAUGUGAGGGUCAUGUGACGGUUACCUCUUCGGGAUGGGUCAACAGUCCUGACGUCACUCUCUGCACCGCCAGCAAUCCGUCCAACAUGACUUUCCUCCUCCCACGACGUCGUGUUCAAUCCCAACCCACCAUGUUGUAUCAUCACCAAUGCCCCCGUGACAAUGGAUAGUCGUCGCCAGGCAGCCCUAUCCAAAUCCAUCCAACUCGCCCUGUUUCGCGACCCAGCGACAUUUCGCAAGACUCUCAUCGGACGGAUCCUGGCCUUCUUCAGCAUCUUCUACAUCAAGCUCUUCCGCUACGGCAGCCAUCUGUUCCGGCGACUACGCAGUGAAGUAUGGGAGAUCAAUGAGGAUGAAUACAAGGCGAGCUUCCGGAAUGAGAAGAAGACCGUCCCGUUGAAGCCAAUGGGCGAUCUCGGUCUGUCAGGAUCGACCUUCUUCAGGACCUUCAAUGGCAAGUUUCUCGUGAAGAGCCUCCCCAGACACUUUGAACAUUCCUUCUUCCGCGACGAUCUGCUCGAGCCGUACUACGAAUACAUGAGCGCGCAUGCCAAUUCCCUACUAGUAUGGAUCACCGACUACGUAUAUGCGCCGUACCGGACCAUCGGAAGUCUCCUAGGCAGCACGCCGGCCCAUCACAUCAUCAUGGACAAUAUGCUGUACGGGAAGGAUGACGACCCGGCCGCUGAUAAAUGGGAGACCUACGACCUAAAACCGAUCGAUUAUUUCUACCCUGAGCGGGACUUGGUACCCGAUCCGCUAGUUAGCGAAGACACGCUGCGCAAGAUUGCCGACCAAUUUGGUGACAAGAUCCGCCUGACUCGCGAGCAACAUGAGUUCCUAAAACAAGUCUUGGAAGCAGACACGGAGUUUCUCCAAUCGUCUAAUGCAGUUGAUUACUCGCUGUUCUUAGUGCGGUUUCCGGCCUCCUCAGAGCCCGGCAUUGUUGGCAGGGAAAAUCCUUGGCGCGUCGGUCUGACGUCCGCCGAUGGCAAAUGGAAGUAUCGUGCUGUGGUGCUGGAUUUUUUCUGGGGUAGACACAAGCUGCAUGCCCAGGCCAUGACGGGAAUGAUCCAGACCUUUAACGUCGUUGGACGCCAGGGGCCCAUGACGAUUACGACGACGGCCGACGAAUACCGACAGAAAUUCCUGGCUAUGGUGGAUUCGUUGAUUGAAGUACAGCAGUCUGACUAGACUUAAUAAUGUCACAAUACCUAAUGAAGAACCUGGCGCAAGACACGCUAAUCGAUAUUCUCAAGUGACAUGUCGCUUCCUAGAUGAAUUCUUGGUCUUCUCGCAUUGACUCAUAACACCGUAUAUCAAGCACCCAAUGACCAAUGGUCAGCCCUCACGGGCUUUUCUAUCGACGAUCUAUCAAUUCCCCGAAACUGUGGUGCAGAGACAGUCUCUGUCGUCCACACUCCAACUCAAAAACGCUUGACGUUGCUUUAGAAGCAGAAGACCUGGUCCUCGAGCUUGCUGACGGGACGGGCCUUGGUGUAUCCGAGAGACUCGGUGGCCUUCUU